GCCAUAUCCUGUUUCAGCUUUUAAAGAAACAAUGGCGUUGCUUCUAAGGACACUAGCCCGACAGGGCACUUGUUUGUCCCGCCCUCAGUUUGGUGUUUUCUACAGACAUGCUGUUCCAAUGGGAACCACAGUAAAGGAGGAAAUGAACAAGUUCUCAGCCAAAAACAACAAAUUGAACCGACCCAUGUCGCCACAUAUCACCAUCUACCAGUGGUCGGUGCCUAUGAUGAUGUCCAUCACACACAGAGGCACGGGAGUGGGACUCAGUGGAGGUAUCUCGGCAUUUGCUCUCUUAGCGUUGGUGUUGCCAGGUAACUACCCGUACUACCUUGACCUGAUCCACUCCCUGUCCAUUGGCCCCGCUCUCCUCGGUUUAGCUAAGUUUGGCAUUGCCUUCCCUCUGUCCUACCACACCUUGAAUGGAAUCCGCCAUCUGUUCUGGGACAGCGGUAAGGGAUUUGCGCUUCCUGUGGUGUAUCGCUCGGGCUACGUGGUCAUCGCGCUGUCAAUACUGACCUCUAUUGCUGCCCUUGCAUACAUGUGAGCAGCAUGGCGGAGGAAGGGAGGAGAAAGCGAGGCGGAGAGAAUAUGGAGGGUGGGAUGAAGGGGUGGUUUUGUUUAUAUAUUCUGGUCUUUGUGUCACCAACACAGUAAUUUGAAUGGAUAAAUGUAUAAAUAAUUAAAA